AUGAGUGGCUAUCUCGAUUUCGUUCCACUUCCGUCCAAUGUCCAUGUUCCGCCCAGCUUCGAGCCGUGGAGCCAAAACUUCACCCUUAUUAUACCAGGCGAUGAAAUUGAGUGGGGAGUCGCCACGUUCAACAUGAGGGAUGUCAACUACUGGAGCGUGAACACCGCACGUGUUGCUACCAGUAACGGUGUAGGUCUUGGUGUAUCGAUCAUGCUUCUGGUUGUUCUCCUCCUCUUGACCAAGGCUGAGAAGCGGAAGUCCUUCAUCUUCUUUCUCAAUGUUGCUUCUCUCUUCACCAACACCAUCCGCUGUCUACUGCUCGCUAUGUUUCUUACCAGCGGCUUCAACGACCCUUACAUCUACCUGGCCGAAGAUGCGGUAUCCCUGACUAGGGCGGACAUUGCUGGUUACGUCGCAAUCAACGUCUUCAGUCUUAUCGUCGCUGCACUAGUCUAUGCCUCACUCAGUCUCCAAGUCUGGAUCGUAUGCGUCACUACACCGCCUCUACAACGCACCAUCAUCAUGAGUGUAACUACCACCGUGGCCUGCGCUGCUUUUGGAACUAAGGUCGCUCUCGCCUACCUGAACACCAAAAUGACACUGGAACAUACGGAUUUCGGUUCUAUUACAGUACUCAAUGAUAUUACCUCCAUCAUGCAAACUGUAUCCAUCUGGUUAUUCAGUUGCGUAUUCACCUGGAAAUUGGGGCACGCCAUCCUUCAGAGGCGCCGUCUCAACAUGCCUAAAUUUGGACCAAUGCAGAUCGUCUUCAUUAUGGGUUGCCAGACAAUGUCUAUACCAGCUAUUUUCACCUCUCUCCAGUUCGUUGAGAGCAUCCCCACUGAGGUUGUCUCCCACGUUCUCACAAUCGUCUGCAUCUUCCUUCCCCUCUCGGCUAUGUGGGCGGGUGUUGCCCACGAUCAAAACACUGCUCCCAGAGGCCAGCCACUCACGAAGAACAAGCUCCAUGGCAAGUCUGCAGCCUCUACUUCGACGGAGAGUUCCACCGUCUGUGGCAAUAAUUGUCAGAUGAGCUCUUGGUCGGAUACGAUGAACAACGAUCAUGUGAGCUCUGCCAUUACUCCCACAUCGCAUGACCACCACACGAGCGUCGAGGACAACUGCAUCCGAGUAGACCGCAAAUUCGGUUUCUCGCACGAAGACGCCGCAGACCGAGUCUGA